GCCAAUAACGGCGUCAACAAAGCAGCGAUAACAAGAAAACUUUUAAAUACCACAAGCGCACUUGCUGCAAACAAUCAAUAGCGGCAACAUGUUUUUGCGUCGUUGCACAAUUUACCUCAUCGUUUUUCUGCUGGUUGCAAGCACUGCAUCCGCGGCACGUAAAACCAAACGUCCGGUUAAGCCAGCCAAGACAUUUCCCCGCACCAAUGUGACACCUGCGCCAGCAGCUGCAUUGGCAGCAGCAGCAGCAGUUGGUGCAGCAGCUGGAGCCGGUGCUGGUGGUAUUGCCGCCGGUGUUGCCGGUGGUGCAGCAGCAGCUCAACAGUCAGUAGCCGCUACUACCGCCGCUUCAUCCAGUCUCACAAGCACAACAACACAUGCGCCUAGUAUUGCCGUUGCGACGAGCAGCACUACAGCUACACCAACACAAAUUGGCAGCGGGAAUUAUGCCGCUAGCGCUGCUGGCGAUGACAGCACCGGAAGCGAAGGCUAUACAGUGGGCAAUGAGCUGCCCAAACCAAUGACACCAUUGUCGGAAGCGAGCACCGGUACCACAGGCGCUGCAGCAUCGUCGACUUCGGCUGAGGCCAAAACAGAGCGACCCUCAGCUACUUUGUUGCCCAUUGAGGAGGAAUGCGACCCGGAUAUGAUUGGAUUUGAAAUUAUCACUGGUUAUGUUCUCUCGGCGCCAACUAAAUUACUUGACACGCUGCCCGGCAUACUGAUGCUGACUGAUUGCUUAGAGGCAUGCCAGGUGAACGAAUCAUGCAGUGCAGUUAAUUACGAGACCGGUCUCUGUGUUUUAUUCAAAACUACCGCUGAUAUAUUGCCAG